AUGGAGACGACGUAUGCGCGCAGCGAGUCGCCGCCCGAGGCGCCAUCGGAGGAGAUUCCGCUCCUCAUUGAGGACUUCAGUUGUGCCAACAGCUUCGAGGAGCACGUCAAGGUGAUUGAGCAGUACCUGGCAGUCUUGUUUGACGGGGAGCCUCUCUUGCAGUCUUUCCUCGUAGCCCCCGUAUCCGCGGCGGCGGGGGGCGGCGCGCCCUCGGACAGGAAGAUCGGGGCAGACAUUGAAAGUGGUGUCCCAGCUUCCUCCUCGUCACCGGCGUCCCCUACGACUACUUCGUCGUCUCCCGCGUCUCUCUCUACGAAUGACGAGGCGGCCAACCUCUCUACUGCGUCGAAGGUAUUUGGCAGAACCAUCUCCCUCUACACGCCAGAUCCCACAUCGCUCGACAAGGACCUGUCGAUUGCGGUGGAGGUGCACGUCCGCGACGCGACUCAUCCCAUCAUGCAGCAGUACUGCACCCCGCUCUUCUUUCUCAUAAAGAAGGCCGUUGCGAGCGCGUCGUACCGGGAGAGCGAAACCAGCUAUUUGCUGUCACUGCUCUCCACAGCAGUGCGCCAGAUGCUGCUCCAGCAGCAGAAGAACCGGGUCAAGGGUGGCGUCCUUCGGCUGUGCCCGGCAUCCCGCCGCCCUGCAGCACCUGGCUGUCUGCCGCCUUCACAUCGGCAACAGGCCCCGGCGGCGAGUCUGCUGCCCUCGCCGUUCUUUUACCCGGACGGAUGUGCGCCGUGCUUCGCCCCCGCCGGGGACUCGUACAAGCAGACCUUCGUUGGUGUCGCUCCACCGCUGCCCACCUGUGCUGCGCUGCCUCCAAUGCCAGCGCCCCCGUCGUCGCCGUCUCCGACGAUCAGUCCCGUUGAGUGGUCGCUCUUGCAUCAACGCAGCUUCACCACGCGAUUCCUCGCGGACGCCUUUGGCCGCGUUCCUGAGCACUGCCAGUCCCUCUCCGACUACAUCGACCUUUUCCAGCUGCAUGUGGGGCAGCACAGCCGCAUCCGCAGCGACGACUUCGACGGUAUCUGCGUCUCCCUGUGGAAGAAGUACGUACUGCCGGUGCCGUGGAAGUUUCACCCAUAUGGACUGUCUGCGGACAGCAAGCCCAACAGCGGCGACAAUCACGCUGACGACGCCCACGCCUCAGCCGGCGACGCUGUUCCCCUCUCCGCCGCGUCCUCGUUUCUCACCUGGGAAAGCGUGCUGCGUCGUGAGAACGAGUACGUCCGACUCCUGUGUGGCGCCUUCACCCACGAUUUUGGCACCGCCGCCCCUCCCCUGAAGCACGUGCGGUUUCACUUCCAGUGGAAUCAGCUGCAAGAUAUCGAGGCACAUGAGGCUGUCGGACGGGCCAGCCAUCUCGAUCCCUUCCAGUACACCCUCACCGCAACAGCACCCGGGACCGCACCCCCUGCCGUCCUGACGUUCAGCAGCGCUGCGGCGGCGCAGGCAGCACAGCGCAAGUGCUCCAUUACGGCGCAGGCGGUGGUGCGCGACGACAAGGACAUCCAGCAUGGCGUGAGUGAGCACCUCGCAGAGUCUUUGCUGGGGGGUUAUCUGGAGUCCCUUACGAACACUACCGCGGCGCGCAGAACUACCUCCGCGCAUGACGGCAACGAGCCCGGCGGUGUGCGAGGUGCAGUCACUCAUGCAGCGCAGGUGCCCGGAGACGACGAAGGCGCCGGAACCGCCAGGGAGAGAGCCGGCGACAACGAUGAAAGCGGCGCGGACGAGUGUAGCGGCAGGCGCUGCAGCGAGGCGCACCUGCGCGACUUGGCGGCCUGUAUUGUGGAGUGGACAGGUGCCAAUGUGACACUGCAGGACUCCCUCAUCCAGCGCUUUGCCGCACCCCUGCCAUCGGACGACAACGAUGACGCCUGUGGCGGCGAUGACGCGAAUGUGUACGGAGAUGGCGACCCCGACUCUCCGCAGCCCCCUGGCACCGCUCUCGCGGCGCUGAGCGGCAAGCGAAGUGAAGCAGUGGUGGCGCGUCACCUGCGCAGUCUCUGGGGGGAGUGGGAGGCGCACCGGCAAUGCUGCUCCGGUGAGGCGAGCGCGCCGCACAGGCAACGACCCAAAGGCGGUGCAGAGCAGGAAAAGGAUCUGCGCCGCAGUUACUUCCCCGACUCUUUCUUCGCCCGCUUCGCCUUCAUCUGUGCGACCCAGGUGCCGCAUCCGACAGAUGUGCAGGCGCUCUGGCGACUGUGCCUCGAUGCCCUUCAUCGGCUUUUGCUGGAUGCCCCGCAUGAGCAGAAGAAAAAGAGCUGGCAGCGUCUUUUAGACUGCUUGGGCAUGCCUCCAGAAGACCCCCCCGUCGACCUUGGUCGGCCGCUGCUGACGCAGAAGCUGCAGCUCCUGCGCUACGCACAAGCGGCACUCCUGCGUUCAUUGGAGGACAACGGUUCGCCGACUACGGCUACGCCCGCGGCGAGCACGAAGGCGGAAGCGGACGGGGCAGCUACCUCGCUGACCACGAGCCCCGUCCGGCACCUCAUCACGAACGGCGAGGUGCUGUGCGUCCCGCCGCCCCUGCCACAGCCGCCGACCACGAUGGAUGAGGUGAUGAAACGCGCGGUGGAGCUCAACUCCCUCGACGCGGCCGCCGUGGAGAGCGCCACCGUCGAGUGGCUCCAGACGGACCCGCUCUACAAUGACAUGUGCUUUUUCCUGUACGUGAACAAGGCACACGAGGGCCGGAUCGUCCGCUUUCCUGACUUUGUGCAGUGGCACAGUCCUCGCGACUUCGUCGAAAUGCCAUCACGGACCCUCAGCGACGACGACUACUUGUCAGAGCGCAUGCAACGGCAGCAGAAGGAAGGUGGUGCCAGUGGCGGUAAGGGCUCGGCACAUGUGUGGUGGUCUCUUUGGCGUCGGGCGACCCCUCGCUCUCGCGAUGACAUUGUCCAGGGUCUCUUUCAACCACUCGAGCAAGCCACCAAGAUUCUUGCCUGGCUUAUUGCCCUGCCAACUGCGGAGUUGCUUCUAGAGGUGAGCAACGCCUCCAUCGCCAACGCGCUGCACCAUAUGCUGUGCCACCGCUGUGUCAUCGGGGACGACAGAGCCUAUCGGCCCAGUGGGCGUGGUCGUCCUUCUGACAAGCCCGACUGGAGUUCACAAAUGCCGCUUUCUGCCCAAGAGGCGGGACAUCCCACGAUUCCGGCCACCCCGCGCAUCCGCGCCCUCCAUCGAUACGUGCGAGACAAGUGUGCAGCUCUCACCAAAGACGUGGAGGCGGCGUCGGCGCUCUUUCUCACUAGUCGUGGCGCCUUCGCCGAAGGCGCCGCAGCGCAGCAGCCACCAGCUGCGUCGGAGCCCAUGAUACCCGAGAUGCUGCACGGGUUCUUUGCCAAUGCCCUUCACCAACUCGGCGAGAUCGAGGUCAGCGUGUGCACCGCGGUGGCGCUCCAGUACCUCUUGGGCUUUUCAACAAAUCCGGAUGUGACUGCCACCGUGCACGCACUUAGCUCUCCCGCUGCGACGCCCCAGCAGCAUCAGGCAACCAGCCUGCAGAUGCGCACCGUCACGGUCAGCAUGGCGACGUGGUCGACGGCCUUUGCGAAGCAGUUUGCGCGGGCAGAGACGCGCGAGGUGCAAGAGAGCAUGGUACGUCUGACGUGCAUGGCGGAGCGCCCGCUCGACACGUGCCCCUGCUUUCAGCAGCUGGUGGUGCACCAAGAUGCCUCGCGGUCUCUCCGUCUAGCGCUUGCACUGACGAAGGAGGUGCCGUAG